UAUGGUUGCUUGGUUGGAUUUAAUAUUGCUUUAUACAAAUUUGGAUUUUGUACCAUAAUAUCUUUUACAUUUCUAAUAAUAAGGAUUCAACAGAUCAUGCAUGAGCCAACUAAACCAAACUCAUAGUAGGGAUUUAAUGCACCUGUUAAUGACUCUAUGCCAACUGUUUAAAUAGAUAAUUAGUCAAUAAAAAUCAUUAUAAAAGUAUAAAUAUAUAUAAACUCUACGCACUCGUCGUACUUGGAGAAGGGAGAGAAGAGUUUGGCGUGAUAAUCGAGAAAACUAAAAAACAUAUAUACGAUCAUUCAAGUACUAAUCUAAGGAUGUGAUUUAUUUUUUCUCUUAUGCUGAUUUUAAAGGGCAUUAUUAUUGUAAGUUAGUAGAAGAUCUAUUCUUAAGGUAUUUGAAAUGUGUAGCAACACUGAAAGCACAAGAGGAGGCGACGGAGACUUCAGCUUCGGCGUAGGCCGUGGCGAUGGGGUUGGUUGGAAUCCGACCCCUAUUACAAGGCAGUCACAGUCGCACACCAAUAAACGACAAAGAGUUCCCAAGAGAGGUCCUGGAGUUGCCGAACUUGAGAAGAUCUUGAGAGAACAAGAGAAUACUGAGAAUAAUAAUAAUAAUGACCAACAGCUACUCAACCCUGGUUUUCAUACCAAGGAUGAUUCUCAGCCGUUGAUUCCAAUCACCACCUCCACUCAUCAUCAUCGCCAUCUUGAUCAAGUGUCACUACUGACAUCUCCUGCUUCUAUUUAUAGUAAUGGCACCACCAAUAAUAGUGGUACUACUACUAUUAGCAAGACUUUCACUACUAAAUAUGUUGACAAUAAUGCCCUUUUAGAGAGUUGCAUUAUUGAUCAUAAUGUUGGUGUUGGAGGUUCACAAGUUGUUUUACCGGAAAGUACAUAUUUUCAAGCUCCUUGGACAAACCCCAUUAAAUCAAAUAGUAUUGAUGAAGGGAAAUCGGACUAUGGGAAUAUUUCCUGGGCAGUUAUUCCCAAUGAUCAAUAUUCACACUCAUCACCUUACUUAUCUUCUCAAUAUCAUCCAUUAAUAAGGCAAAAGAAACAAUCAGCUUCAAUAUGUCAGAUGAAUAAUCAACUUUCCGGCUCUGCCUCAUCAUCUUAUGGUGGAUUAUGUCACCAAAUAGAACCCCCUUCAAACCAAAAUAUAUUCUACCAAAACUAUCAGAUAAUCAAGCCACAAGAAAAGGUAAUCGGCUUGAAGCGGCGACCACCAUCGAUUCAUAAGGAGGAAAAUCGUAGUGUGGCGGCAGGUUCAGUUUGCCAAUACCAAGUCCCUUCGGUUCAAUCUCAUCACAGGCGAAUACCAGAACAGGCAACCUUAUUUAAUUGUGGCAUGGGACACAAUCUCAACUUCACUUUGCCGUUGCCCAGAGAUAUUGCAAAAUCGGAUGUUCCAGUUGAGUUUAAUCAGUUGAAAAAUUGCACUACAGAAACCACAACUAGUGCUACUACUACAUCUACUGUCUUGCCCCAAUUUCAUUGUGUACAACAACAGUUGUGUAAGAUUGAUGAGUAUAUGCUUCCAUUACAGGGAGGCAUAAGGGAAUCAAACCAAGUGACAUUACCAUCAGCUAAAUCAGAUCAAAAUAACAAGCGCUUCUACAGCUUUUUACCAGCCAAAGAUCAGAUGGCUAAAAUGGAAAAGCUGGUUAUGUUGAACAAAAUUGAAAAGGAUAAUGAUAAAGCUGUUGAAGAUGAUAUUGAUCUUAAUCUAAAGCUCUCUACCUACUCGUAAUUAGCUUUGGCAAGUUAUGAAAAAAGAUUUCAACCAAUUAUCUCUCUGCUCAUGGAAUUCACUAGGUGAUAUGUACUUUUUGGAAUUCACUGUGUUCUGUUCGAUCUUGACAAUUUCUCUGCACUACAAAUGGGAUAACAUCUGUUUUCUUGAAGCUGAAUAAGUAGGAUAGGGAUUGAUCAUAUGUUGCCUUUUUUUUUAAGUGCUUUUUAUAAUCUUUGGAUUGAAACUCAUUGUACAAUAUGAUUGGGUUGGUUUUGUUUCAAUUAGUGUUUGUUGUAUCCAUAGAAAUUGUUCGCUUUCAUAUUAAGUUUUAUGAAUGAUAAAAGUUGAAAGGUUGAUGUGUUA